GAGGUUAGAUUACUUACUAUGUAUAAUAAUUGAUAGUUUGUCAUGGACGCUGGAGUAAUAACGACAUACAAUAUAACUUAGCGUUUUUACAUAAAUUAUUGUGAUGUGAUAUUUGUCCGAGUGAUAUAUUCUGGAAUUCAGUCAUUGUUGGUUUUAUGGAGGAAUUAAUUUUUAACGUACAUUAUUUUUAAUAUUAAAAAUAAUCAGUACCUACUACUAACGUAACGCUGUCAUUAAUAUUCUAAUGUGGAAAGUGCUUUAGUUUGAAGCGUACUAUAGAAGCUGUAAACGUUCGAUAAUUUCGUUAGGAAUUUUUCGAUUACAUAAAUUAUUAUGUAUAUUUAGUCAAAAUAAUAUGGCUAAGAUAAUGACAAAAGUGAUUUUAAAUAAUAAGGGCAAAUUUACGGAACCUUUAUUUGUUUUAUUAGGAAAGUCUCAAUGUAAUGGAUUGCAUUCAAAGGUAUCUGUAAAAGAAAUCAAAAUACCAAUACCCGGGGGUCAUAUAGCAGGUAAACUAUGGGGUAACGAUCAGCAACAACCUAUACUUGCUUUACAUGGGUGGCAGGAUAACUGCGGAGUAUGGGACCCCUUAGCACCCAUGCUCUGUGAUAAAAAGCCUAUAUUGGCUAUUGAUUUACCAGGACACGGGUUUUCAUCAUGGAUAGCACCAGGUGCCUUACAAGAUACCUGGGACGUUGUACAAUAUAUAAUAGAGUUAAAGAAUUAUUUCAAAUGGGACAAGUUUUCUAUACUGGGUCACUCAUUGGGAUCGGUCGCAGGUCUGAGAUAUGCUGGGUUGUACCCUAAAAACGUCGACUUUUUCAUAGCCAUUGAAAAUCUUGUAUAUGAGGAUCAUGAUAUUGAUCACUUUCUAAAAUAUCUGCCUAAAGCGUUAGAGAAAUCUCAAAUGAGUCAACAUGCUCUCAACAACGAGCCACCGGAAAGUACGAUGGAGGAGCUAACUUAUAAAUUAUAUAUUGCGAUGAAUAAAUCUGUUGAUAAACAAAAUAUGCACUAUUUAACACAACGAGCUAUAAGGCCUUCUAAACGGGACCUAAGCAAGUUUUGUUAUACGAGAGAUAUCCGUUUAAAAUAUCUAUCUAUGAAGCCGCCAAAUAUAAAGUUUCUAGAGACGUUGUUCAGUCGUCUCUCGUUUCCGUUGUUGUAUAUAAAGGCAGCUAACUCGUCGUAUAAAUUAUCUGACGAACACUGUUUGAGGGUUAGAGAAAUACUAGAAAAUAAUAACCCUUAUUACGAAAGCCACACUGUUGGAGGUAGCCAUCAUGUCCAUAUCAAUAACCCAGAGAGACUGGCGCCGAUAAUCGUAGAUUUCUUCAGAAAACAUAAGAUUAUUCAGGAAUGAAUAUUUAUAUUGUUAACUUAAAUGUUAAGAAAUUAAAAUAUUUACAGCGAAAUGAUAGCGGUUUCGCGUUAAAAUUUACGAUGCAUGCACGGAAUGUCGUUAAAGUGUAGGUAGAUUAUAUCGUAAUAUUAAUAUAGUUUAGUAUUAGAGUUAUUUAUUUAAAAUCAAAUGUGGGACUUUAUGAUGGGGGUGAACUCGUUUUUGUUUUAAGUUAAUCUGAUGCAGAUUAACUUUUUUUUUAAUGGCUUUUAUUUGUGCCAACUGGGCACAAGGCACUUCGCCAGUGUUGUGUAGAUGGAGACGGCACGAAGGAGAUUGAUCGGUGAAAAAAAUAAUUAUGCACCUAAAAAAAUAGUUGAAGUUCCAUUGUUAGUUUAAAGACAACACAAUUAUGAGUAAUAACAUAGUUAAAUACUACUUCCUAUUUAUGAAUAAUUUAUAUAUAUGUAUACAUAUUACUCUUUAAUUUCAGAUUAACUUAAAACAAAAACGAGGCCUUAGACAUACUAUAAAAUACGACAUAUUAUAUAAUUGUUUUCAUGACACAUUAACGAUUUCGUGGAAAGAGCUGUUAAUAUGCAUUUGCACAUGUAAAAGUCUUUUGUCAAAAAAAAGAAAUAAAUUCUAU